UGUACCUGUCACACUGCAGCUCCUUCCAUCUCCCUCCCCCCCAGCCAGUGGUACCUCCCCACCUCUUCCCCCGCCUCUCUCCUCCUUUCCCAGGCAUUGUGAGUACCGGCUGUGGGCAGCGACGCUCUGCUGCUUGGCGGCACGACGUUAGAUAGCAAGAAGAUCUCUCAUUGUGGAUAAUAGGCGCCUGUGCUGGCAGAUCGCAUGGUAUCCCUGGGCAGCGUCACUCCCGCCCUGCCCUCAGCCGAACUGCCUGUUAAAUCAGGAGCAACCAACUUGUUUUUAAAAGUCCAUUCACAAUUUCAACACUAACAGCCACAUUACCAUUUGUGAGAAAAGGCAUGGAAACUAAACCAUGAGCAAUACAAAUACCUUGGCCCCAGUGUUUACUUGCCCAGGAGCAUUAGCAUCUGAGGAGAGUGCUGACAGCAACUCCACUUUGGGAAAUAUCAAAAUGCCUGGAAUAUCCAGCUAUUGGAUUUUUUGGUGAUGCCUUCGGGGUGCAUAAAGGAGUUAGCCUGACAGGUCUGAUACACCAUGACUGUUUUCAGGCAAGAUAAUGUGGACAAUUAUUAUGAUAUAGGAGAAGAGCUUGGAAGUGGUCAGUUUGCUGUGGUGAAAAAAUGCCAGGAAAAGAGCGCAGGCACGCAUUAUGCUGCAAAAUUUAUCAAGAAACGACGGACCAAAUCAAGCCGGCGUGGGGUGACCCGGGAGGAUAUCGAGAGGGAGGUCAGCAUCCUGAAGGAAAUCCAGCACCCCAAUGUGAUCACAUUGCACGAAGUGUACGAGAACAAAACAGAUGUCAUUCUCAUUCUGGAGCUGGUUGCAGGAGGUGAGCUGUUUGACUUUCUUGCUGAAAAGGAGUCUCUAACAGAAGAGGAAGCUACAGAGUUCAUCAAGCAGAUUCUUAAUGGUGUAAAUUACCUUCACUCCCUGCAAAUUGCCCACUUUGAUCUCAAGCCUGAGAACAUCAUGCUGCUUGAUAGAAAUGCACCCAAGCCUCGUAUAAAGAUCAUAGACUUUGGCCUGGCUCACAGAAUCGACUCUGGAAAUGAAUUCAAGAACAUAUUUGGAACGCCAGAAUUUGUUGCUCCUGAAAUUGUGAAUUAUGAGCCUCUUGGUCUUGAGUCUGAUAUGUGGAGUAUCGGAGUCAUAACAUACAUUCUAUUAAGCGGGGCAUCUCCAUUCCUUGGGGAAACAAAGCAAGAGACCUUGGCUAAUAUAUCUGCUGUCAGUUAUGACUUUGAGGAAGAGUUCUUCAGUAGUACAAGUGCUUUGGCCAAAGAUUUUAUAAGGCGGCUACUAGUCAAGGACCCAAAGAAAAGGAUGACCAUUCAAGACAGUCUGAGCCACCCUUGGAUUAAGCCUAAAGAUACUCAGCAAGCACUGAGCAGGAAAGCCUCUGCAGUCAAUAUGGAGAAGUUUAAGAAGUUUGCUGCUCGCAGAAAAUGGAAACAAUCUGUCCGUUUGAUAUCCCUGUGCCAAAGACUGUCAAGAUCCUUCUUGUCCAGGAGCAACAUGAGUAUCGCUAGGAGUGAUGACACGCUGGAUGAGGAGGAUUCCUUUGUGAUGAAAGCCAUCAUUCAUGCCAUAAAUGAUGAUAACGUCCCUGGUUUGCAGCAUCUUUUUGGGUCCUUGUCAAACUAUGAUGUAAACCAGCCAAACAAGCAUGGCACCCCACCCUUGUUAAUUGCUGCUGGCUGUGGGAAUAUUCAGAUUCUUGAACUGCUAAUAAAGCGUGGCGCUCAGAUUGACGUACAAGAUAAGGCUGGAUCUAAUGCAAUUUACUGGGCUUCUCGUCAUGGUCAUGUUGAGACUUUGAAAUUUCUCCAUCAGAAUAACUGUUCUUUAGACAUUAAAGAUAAGUCAGGAGAAACAGCGCUUCACGUGGCGGCCCGCUACGGGCAUGUUGAAGUUAUUCAAUACCUGUGCAGCAUUGGAUCACAUCCAGACAUCCAGGAUAAGGAAGAAGAAACCCCUCUGCAUUGUGCUGCUUGGCAUGGUUACUACCCAGUUGCAAAAGCUCUGUGUCAGGCCGGCUGCAAUGUCAACAUUCGCAAUAGGGAAGGGGAAACCCCCAUUCUGACAGCAGCGGCAAGAGGAUACCACGAUAUUGUGGAGUGCUUGGUUGACCAUGGAGGUGACCUUGAUGUGACAGACAAGGAUGGGCACAUAGCCCUCCACCUCGCUGUGAGACGGUGUCAGAUGGAAGUAGUGAAAACGCUCAUCAUCCAUGGAUGCUUUGUAGACUUCCAGGAUCGCCAUGGUAACACACCUCUGCAUGUUGCCUGCAAAGAUGGGAAUCUUCCUAUUGUAAUGGCACUAUGUGAGGCAAGAUGCAAUUUGGAUAUAACUAACAAGUAUGGGAGAACACCUUUACAUCUGGCAGCAAACAAUGGUAUUGUGGAAGUUGUCCGAUACCUCUGUGUCGCUGGUGCAAAUGUCGAAGCCUUGACUUUGGAUGGGAAAACAGCAGAGGAUCUUGCUAGGUCUGAGCAGCACGAGUCUGUUGUCAGUCUACUUACAAGGCUUCGAAAGGAUACAUACAGAACCUUGUUCAUUCAGCAGCUCAGACCGUCUCCAAACCCCCAACCAAGAAUUAAGUUGAAGUUAUUUGGACACAUGGGAUCUGGAAAGACCACGCUUGUAGAGUCCCUCAAAUGUGGUCUCAUCCGAAGCUUUUUCAGAAGACGCCGACCUCGCCUUUCAUCCACUAACUCUUCCAGAUUUCCUUCUUCUCCACUAACAACCAAGACAGUUUCAGUGAGCAUCUCGGAUCUCUACCCUGGUUGUGAGAAUGUGAGUGUAAGAAGUCGGAGUAUGAUGUUUGAGCCAGGACUAACCAAAGGGGUUCUUGAAGUAUUUGUUUCACCGUCCCCUCACUCUUACAUGGAUGACCAGUCAACCAAGGCUAUAGACAUCCAGACUGCCAAUCUUCAUGGUAUUGGAGAUUUCAGUGUCUGGGAAUUUUCUGGAAACCCAACGUAUUAUUGCAGCUAUGAUUAUUUUGCUGCCAAUGAUCCCACAUCAAUUCACGUUGUAGUUUUUAGCCUUGAAGAACCCUAUGAGACUCAACUGAAUCAAGUCAUAUUCUGGCUCAACUUCAUAAAAUCACUUGUUCCUGUAGAAGAACCAAUAGCAUAUGGCGGAAAGCUGAAGAAUCUACUCCACGUUGUGUUGGUGGCCACACAUGCAGAUAUUGUAAACCUUCCUCGCCCUGCUGGAGGAGAAUUUGGAUAUGACAAAAGUCUAGCAUUGCUAAAAGAAGUAAGAAAUAGAUUUGGAAACGAUCUGCAGAUUUUGGAUAAACUGUUUGUUCUGGAUGCUGGGGCAUCAGGGUCCAAGGAGAUGAAGCAUCUGAGGAAUCACCUCCAGGAAUUAAAAAGCCAGUUGAUAUCUGAUUGUCCACCUAUGACACCACUGUGUGAGAAGGUGAUGUCAACUCUUCCAUCCUGGAGAAAGCAGAAUGGUCCCAACCAACUUCUUUCCUUUCAACAAUUUGUUUAUGAUGUCCAGGAUCAAUUGAAUCCACUAGCAAGUGAAGAGGACGUUCGACAUCUUGCAUUGCAACUGCACAGUAUUGGAGAAGUUAAUAUAAUGCAGAGUGAGACUGUCCAAGAUGUUGUGCUUCUAGAUCCACGAUGGCUGUGCUACAAUGUCCUUGGAAAGCUACUCUCUGUAGAAAGCCCUAAAGCCCUACACCAUUACAGGGGGAGAUAUACAAUGGAAGAUAUUCAGCGCUUGGUUACAGAGAGUGAUGUUGAUGAACUUGUCCAGAUCUUGGAUGCAAUGGACAUUUGUGCCCGAGAUCUAAGCAGCGUAACUAUGGUGGACAUCCCUGCUCUCAUUAAAACAGACAACCUCCACAGAUCAUGGGCUGACGAAGAAGAGGACAUAAUGAUUUAUGGGGGUGUUAGAAUUGUUCCUGUGGAACACCUUACUCCUUUUCCAUGUGGAAUUUUCCACAAAGUUCAAGUUAAUUUAUGCCGAUGGGUACAUCAACAGAGCGCUGAUGGAGAUGCCGAUAUACGUUUGUGGGUAAACGGAUGUAAAAUAGCAAAUCGAGGGGCAGAGGUUUUGGUGUUGAUGGUCAACCAUGGCCAAGGAAUUGAAGUGCAAGUCAGAGGUCUAGAAACUGAGAAAAUCAAAUGUUGUUUACUUCUUGAAUCCAUCUGCAGUAUAAUUGACAACUUAUUUGCAGCAACGUUGCCUGGCCUUUUAACUGUAAAACAUUACUUGAGCCCUCAGCAGCUGAGAGAACAUCAUGAGCCACUGAUGGUUUACCAACCUAGAGAUUUUUUUCGGGCCCAAAUACAAAAGGAGACUUCACUGGCUAACACCAUGGCUGGGUACAAGGAGAGCUUUAGUAGCAUUCUUUGUUUUGGGUGUCUAGAUGUGUACUCUCAAGGAAACCUAGGCCUGGAUCACCAAGUUUCUGAUCUCAAUAUUCUUGUUAAAAGAAAGCUCAGCCGACUUUUGGACCCACCAGACCCCAUGGGAAAGGAUUGGUGUCUACUGGCUAUGAACUUGGGCCUGCCUGAUUUAGUUGCCAAAUACAAUACUAACAAUUCAGUUCAAAGAGACUUUUUGCCAAGUCCAAUAUGUGCUCUUUUGCAGGAUUUGAACAAUUCUCCAGAAAGUACUAUAUCACUCUUAAUGUAUAAACUAAGAGAACUUGGGCGCAGGGAUGCAGCAGAUUUUUUACUGAAAGCAUCAUCCAUUUUUAAGGUGAAUCUUGAUAUCCAUGGACAAGAAGCCUACGCCGCAAGCUGCAACAGCGGCACAUCCUAUAAUUCCAUUAGCUCAGUCGUGUCACGAUGAGUACUUUAGUCCGCAUGAUCUAUAGCUAUAUCUAUCGAAACAACCGCUAUAAGAAUUGUAGUUUUUAAUGUGUUUCAUAGGGGUUUCUAACCAUUAGUUUAUAAACAUUGUCAGAGAAUGCCACAUGCCGUCAGAACCUUGUAUCUUUCUACUUUUCAAUAAGGUGACUCCCUUUUACUGUCAAUUUUAAAGGCUUGUUGAAUUUUUCUCUCUAUAAGAAUGUGCUGCUAGUUACAGCCACCCAAACAGAUAAUAAUCUGUUCCUUUUUUUUUCUAAAUACAUUUUACUAAUCAGACUGCACAUUUGUUCACAUGUAGAGGUAGGGCUUACAUUUUCCGCCUGCUGAUUUGGUAAGUGAUCCAAUAACGGAUAUUUACUGUACAUUAAAUAAGUCCAACCUGCAGACCUCAAGCUCUUGGAUAAUGCUAGUGUUUAUCUUUAUCUGUAACUGGAAGACCCCAGGUUGGACAGCCCCUCUAUACAUGAAGCCAAUACAGCAGCAUGAGUGCCUUGUUCUCAUAGGUUAUGUUGCAACAGGCCGGAGCCUGCUCUCAAGCACUUUUCACCUCUGUCAUUAUCUCCAUGAUAAUCCUUGUGGCUAAAGAACAUUUAAGAUUUAAGGCGGAGGUCAUCAGGAAUACACACAAUAACCUUUUAAGUUUCAAAGAUUAAUGUAAGAACUGUACAAGGGUUCUUGCUUUUUCCCUGCAGUCAGCAAUGUGACUCUAUUGCUCAGGUACAUUAUUGAUUUUAUCAUUUGCAAGCUGAACACUUAGACGUAUUAUAGGCUUUUUCCUUUUAACUCCUUGAAAAUGUGAAUGGCUUUUGGCACACUUACUAAACUGUGCUUUUCAGGUCAUCCAGAAUAACGGACGUUAAAAUGAAAUUCUUUGCCAGGCUUCACUUUCCCUUCUGCCCAUUCAUUCCAGACAUCUCAGGUAUGAUGAGUUCUAGCAGUCUCAUUUGUAUGUUAAGUUUUGCAUUGUAAAAGGGACCUUGAGAUGGUCAAAAAGGAUGUUUAGACAUUUCUAUGAAGCUUUCAUGGCUUUUUCACCAUUUCACGUAAUCUGUAUUUGCCAACAUUCCUUUUAGGGCAUAGUUCACUAAUGUAACUGUGUUACAAUGGGAAAAAAAAUCUCUGUGUAAAGAUCGAAGGGGUAAUGAGCCAUAUGUGUGCUACAUUAUACCCUGUUGUUGACCAAAGAAGCAGUAGGAUAGAGCUAACUGGGAUUGUCUGGCGAACGCUGAGUAUUAUAAUGCAAGAGGUCUAUUACACAUCUUGUAUUGCUCUUUUAUAUGGAUAUAUUUUAUGUAAAGCAUUACUGUUUAUUAAAAUCUCUGCAAGGACCAUUUCUAAUAUGAGUUAUUCUAGUUUGCACACAGCAACAGGUAGCUUUUUUAUCUAGCACCUGUCGUUUGAUUUCCUGUACUUGAAACAAAGGAACAAAAUCAGUUGCUUUGACUUUAAAACACAGCCAAUACCGAAAGGGUGGGGGGGAAUUAUUUUAUCUUUUGAAGACGCAUGUGUUACGAAUGGACAUAUGUACAUGUAUAUACAGGUGUAACCUUUCCAUUUAUUAAUGUUUUAUUUGUAGUACAAUUUUAAACUUUUUAUAUUUGUAAAUAUCUAUGAAUAAACAUGUUGCACCAUG